AUGGCUACUCUCAAUGGUACUACAGUCCCCAUGGGGCCCCAUACUGGUGGGCUCAUGGGGGCUGCCGACUCCAAAUCGCAGAACGAAUUUGAGCUCCAGGAGGAGGAGUAUUCCGACUCACGCCAAGAGGUUGAACCUGAGCUUCAUGCACGCACUUGGAUCGCUCUCGCAGCAAUGAACCUGUUAGUUUUCACUCAGGUCCUGGCGCUUCAGGGGCCUCCGGCAGUGGUUCGUGAACACCCCGAGUACACCGUGUCUGAAUUUGACAGUGUCCCGCCCGAAAGCUCCUCCUCGUGGGAACCUCGCGCGAUUGCCUUCAUUGGGGCAUGCAUCGCUCCUGGGUCCGAAAAUAUCUAUCGACUUAUUGGAGCAAGCAUCCUGGUUGGCUUUGGCUUUGCAGCAGUCCCUUUGGGAUAUGCUGUUCCUGCGGAAAUCCUCCCUCGUCGAUGGCGACCUAUGGCCCAGGCGGCUAUGAACGCCUCGGCACUCCUCGCCACCGUUGCAGGGCCGUUGACGAUCGGCGCACUCACUAAACGCAACCCGCAUACCGGUUGGCGUGACUUCUACUGGUUUCAGGCAGCUCUGUGGGGCACCAACGUGAUCUCUGUCUCGAUCGCAUAUCGACCUCCGAAGCGGCACACAGAGCUGGACAAUCUACCAUUCUGGCACAAAAUCAGACAUCUUGAUCUCGUUGGAUGCGGCCUCCUUAUGAUCGGGCUCACCCUAUUCCUCACCGGUGCUAGCCUAGGAGGCGGUCAGUAUACCUGGACCGACGCUCGCACACUUUCCACUUUAAUCAUUGGGAUCUUCGGCCUCAUCGCCUUUGGCCUUUACGAGUGGAAGGGUACCACAACUGGAAUUGUACACCAUGAUCUUUUCCGCGAGAGCAAGGCAAAAGCGAGAACGUUUAUCUUAUGCGCAUUCUUGAUUUUUGUUGAAGGCCUUUGUAUAUUCGCCUUUGCUAUUUUCUACCCUAUCAUGUCUCAGAUUCUCUUCACAACGGAUCCUAUUCUCGUCGUUCUUCGAUCCCAAGCGGCUUGGAUCCCAGUAUUACUUUCUACGAUUCCUUGGGGCUACGCCAGUACUCACUUUCGUACUAUCCGGGAGCCAUUACUGCUCGGCAACGUAAUCAUGACAGCGGGAAUGGUAGGGCUUGCCACCGUCCAACCAGGUCAAUCAACCAACGCCAUUGCUUUCGCUUGUGUCGCUGGCCUUGGCUUUGGAGCUCCUCUCGUUCUUACUGUCAGCGGCGCACAGCUGGUCGUCCCACAUAAAGUACUUGCGACCGCCUCGGCGGUGACGACAACCGCACGUGCGAUUGGCGUCGCCAUCUUCACAGCUAUCUUCACGGCCGCUUUCAAUACGCGAAUCAAAGACUACCUGCCUAAGUAUAUCACAACUGCCGCUAAGGCCUCGGGACUUCCUGAUUCUUCGAUUCCAGCCUUCAUCAAGGCAUUGGCUGCGGGUCAGACAGCCAUGUUAGCAAAAGUCCCAGGCAUCACACCACAAAUCAUUGCUAAGGGCUUCAUUGCCUUACAGCAGGCUUACGCGGAUUCGAUCAGGGUGGUGUUCAUCAUUGCAGCGGCAAUUGGUCUGCUGGGCAGCUUUGCGUGUUUAUUCCUUGGCGACAUGAAGAAGACCAUGAAUUAUCGGGUCGAUGCUCCAGUGGAAGAGCUGCAUGCGAAACGGGAUCGCCACACGGAAAUAGAGAGGCGCGGUUGA